AGCAGGGCCAUGCCCAAACCACCCCCCAGAGCCCCUUGAGCUUGCACCCCUGCCAGGACCCAUUCAAGCGCCCCCUCAAGAAAUUCAGACGCCAUCCUCCCACAAUGGGCAGCAAGGAGCGCUUCCACUGGCAGAGCCACAAUGUGAAACAGAGCGGCGUGGAUGACAUGGUGUUGCUGCCUCAGAUCACCGAGGACGCCAUUGUGGGCAACCUCCGAAAGCGCUUCAUGGAUGACUACAUCUUUACCUACAUUGGCUCCGUGCUCAUCUCUGUAAAUCCCUUCAAGCAGAUGCCCUACUUCACUGACCGUGAGAUCGACCUCUACCAGGGCGCGGCCCAGUACGAGAAUCCCCCACACAUCUAUGCCCUCACCGACAACAUGUACCGGAACAUGCUCAUCGACUGUGAGAACCAGUGUGUCAUCAUCAGUGGAGAAAGUGGAGCUGGGAAGACAGUAGCAGCCAAAUACAUCAUGGGCUACAUCUCCAAAGUGUCUGGAGGGGGCGAAAAGGUCCAGCAUGUGAAGGAUAUCAUUCUGCAAUCAAACCCACUGCUCGAGGCUUUCGGCAACGCCAAGACUGUGCGCAACAACAAUUCCAGUCGUUUUGGCAAGUACUUUGAGAUCCAGUUCAGCCGUGGCGGAGAGCCGGAUGGCGGCAAGAUCUCCAACUUCCUGCUGGAGAAAUCUCGCGUGGUCACCCAGAAUGAAAAUGAGAGGAACUUUCACAUCUACUACCAGCUCCUGGAAGGGGCCUCCCAAGAGCAGCGGCAGAACCUGGGGCUCAUGACCCCCGACUACUAUUACUACCUCAACCAAUCAGACACCUACAAGGUGGACGGCACCAAUGACAGGAGCGACUUCAGUGAGACUCUGAGCGCCAUGCAGGUCAUCGGGAUCCCACCCAACGUCCAGCAGCUGGUCCUGCAGCUCGUAGCGGGGAUCUUGCACUUGGGAAACAUCAGCUUCUGUGAAGAUGGGAAUUACGCCCAGGUGGAGAGUGUGGACCUCCUGGCCUUUCCCGCCUACCUGCUGGGCAUCCAUAGUGGGCGUCUACAGGAGAAGUUGACCAGCCGCAAGAUGGACAGUCGCUGGGGUGGGCGCAGCGAGUCCAUCGAUGUGACCCUGAACGUGGAGCAGGCAACUUACACCCGCGAUGCCCUAGCCAAGGGGCUUUACUCCCGUCUCUUUGACUUCCUCGUGGAGGCUAUCAACCGUGCUAUGCAGAAGCCCCAGGAAGAGUAUAGUAUUGGCGUGCUUGACAUCUAUGGCUUCGAGAUCUUUCAGAAAAAUGGCUUUGAGCAAUUUUGCAUCAACUUUGUCAAUGAGAAGCUACAGCAGAUCUUUAUCGAACUCACUCUGAAGGCUGAGCAGGAGGAGUAUGUCCAGGAGGGCAUCCGCUGGACCCCCAUUCAGUACUUCAACAACAAAAUCGUCUGCGACCUCAUUGAAAACAAGCUGAGCCCCCCAGGAAUCAUGAGUGUCCUGGACGACGUGUGUGCCACCAUGCAUGCCACAGGUGGUGGCGCUGACCAGACGCUGCUGCAGAAGCUGCAGGUGGCUGUGGGUACCCAUGAGCACUUCAACAGCUGGAGUGCUGGCUUCGUCAUCCACCACUACGCUGGCAAGGUCUCCUAUGAUGUCAGCGGCUUUUGCGAGAGGAACCGAGAUGUUCUCUUCUCUGACCUCAUAGAGCUGAUGCAGACCAGUGAGCAAGCCUUCCUCCGGAUGCUCUUCCCCGAGAAGCUGGAUGUAGACAAGAAGGGCCGCCCCAGCACUGCUGGCUCCAAGAUCAAGAAACAAGCCAACGAUCUGGUGACCACACUGAAGAAGUGCACACCCCACUAUAUCCGCUGCAUCAAACCCAAUGAGACCAAGAGGCCCUGUGACUGGGAGGAAAGCAGGGUCAAGCACCAGGUCGAGUACCUGGGCUUGAAGGAGAACAUCCGGGUACGCCGGGCAGGUUUUGCCUACCGCCGCCAAUUCGCAAAGUUCCUGCAGAGGUAUGCCAUUCUGACCCCCCAGACAUGGCCACAGUGGCGUGGAGACGAGCGCCAGGGGGUCCAGCACCUGCUGCAUGCAGUCAACAUGGAACAGGACCAGUACCAGAUGGGGUGCACCAAGCUCUUCCUUCUAGAGGAGAUGCGAGAGCGCAAGUUUGAUGGCUUUGCCCGAACCAUCCAGAAGGCCUGGCGGCGCCAUGUGGCAAUCCGGAAGUAUGAGGAGAUGCGGGAGGAAGCUUCCAACAUCCUGCUGAACAAGAAGGAGCGGAGACGAAAUAGCAUUAAUCGGAACUUUGUUGGGGACUACCUGGGGCUGGAGGAGCGGCCAGAGCUCCGUCAGUUCCUGGGCAAGAGGGAGCGCGUGGACUUUGCUGACUCGGUCACCAAGUAUGACCGCCGCUUCAAGCCCAUCAAGAGGGACUUGAUCCUGACGCCUAGGUGUGUGUAUGUGAUCGGGCGAGAGAAGGUGAAGAAGGGACCUGAGAAGGGCCAGGUGCAUGAGGUCCUGAAAAAGAAGCUGGAAAUCCAGGCCCUGAGGGGUGUUUCUCUCAGCACGCGGCAGGACGACUUCUUCAUUCUCCAAGAAGAAGCGGCCGACAGCUUCCUGGAAAGCAUCUUCAAGACCGAGUUUGUCAGCCUCCUGUGCAAACGCUUCGAGGAGGCAACCCGGAGACCCUUGCCCCUCACCUUCGGUGACACACUACAGUUCCGGGUGAAGAAGGAGGGCUGGGGUGGAGGUGGCACCCGCACCGUCACUUUCUCGCGUGGCUCCGGCGACAUGGCGGCGCUCAAGGCGAGCGGCCGGGCCCUCACAGUCAGCGUGGGCGACGGGUUGCCCAAAAGCUCCAAGCCUACACGUAAAGGAAUGGCCCAGGGAAAACCUCGAAGAUCGGCCCAGGGUCCUUCCCGAGCAGCCCCCAGACCCCCAAGAGGUCUGGACCACAAUGGGGUGCCGCCCUCUGCCAGAGGUGGCCCCUUGCCCCUGGAGAUCACUUCUGGAGGGGUAUUUCAGCGACCUCCCCAAGGCCCUCCACCCUCAGCCCUGAGGGCCAGCAGAUGUCCCCGGGCACGGCCCCCCUCUAAGCACAACACAGAAUUCCUCAAUGUGCCUGAUCAGGGCAUGGCCGGCAUGCAGAGAAAGCGCAGCGUGGGGCAACGGCCGGUGCCUGGUAUAGGCCGACCCAAGCCCCAGCCACGGACACAUGGCCCGCGGUGCCGGGCACUGUACCAGUACGUGGGCCAAGACGUGGAUGAGCUGAGCUUCAACGUGAAUGAGGUCAUCGAGAUCCUCAUGGAAGAUUCCUCAGGCUGGUGGAAAGGCCGGUUGCAUGGCCAGGAGGGCCUGUUCCCUGGAAACUAUGUGGAGAAGAUCUGAGGGGGAUGGCCAGGAUUCUGCCAUUUCCCUUGGCUGCAUUAGCCAGAAGGUCCAGUCCUGUGGCUACCAGCCCUGCCCAGACUCUGGGUGGGUUUGAAGGUCACCACUGCAGCCAAUCCUGGGCCCUGGCCUCCCCUGUGUCAUACCUGUUUCCUUCUGUGUCACACAGGGCUUAAGCAAAGCCUACCUCCCAGCUGCCUUGUGAGUAUGAAAUGAGCUAUGUCCUAUCAGCAAAGCAUGGGGCAAAGUGGGGAGGCCUUGACAAACAUGACCUCCCUUCUUCUCCACUGAGGCAAUAAAUGUUUGCCAGGUAGAAGGGUGAACUUGCCCAAGAUUCCACAGAGCCAAGCCUUAAAAAGCUUGAGUUUGUCCACUCGCCAGCUUCCGGAAGCUACAUCCCAGCUUUUCUUCAGAAAAUGGUCUAGUUGAUCUUGUCAGAUCUGAAUCUGCAGUCCCCAAACCCAUCUUGGACCUGACUGGACCCUG